UGAAUUGGGUAUGUAGAAUUUGAAAUUUUUUUCAUUCUAAGUAUUUCACUUCACAAGUUCAUUAAAAAGGGUUGGUUGAAAAGGGAAAUUACAUCUUUACCCCCCAUAAUAUUUCGUGUGUGUUGAGUGUGGGGGAGUAUAAAUAGAUUAGAUUAUUACUGAAAGAGAUGAAUUUAAAUAUAAUUAUUAUUAUAAAACCAGUGCUCCUAAUAGGAGUGUGAAAAUUGAAAAAUGGAGGCAGAAGCCGAAGGCAUGGGCGUUAUUGAUGAAGCGUAUAGGCCUCUGCCGCCUCUCUACUUUGCUUUCAUGGCCGUAUGGUUCGUCUCCGCUUGCUCUUGGACCAUCAACACCUACAAGAACCGCCACUUCCAGAGCAGAGGAAUAAACUGCAGUGGACGCUUGCAUCUGUCCCAGUAAUUAAAGCCUUGCAACUUUCUUUAGCCUUCUUCUUCUGGUAUUCGUGCUUUAAUCUUCAGAUAUGCUCUGUGUGGAUGGCUUUUGGGGUGUAUGUCUCUGGAGUGCUCUUUCAGACAGCUUCUUUCGUGUCCUUCUUGCUCAUUUCUCAUGGUUACUGCAUUAUGUGCGAGCAUCUUUCCAUAUCAGAACGUCGUACUACAACUGCACUAGGGUGUGGAUUCUACUUGACUCUUGUUGGUUACAGGGCAUCCAUUCCUUACUUCACAGUCCUCCUGCUCUUUAAUUAUUUUGCUUCAUUCUACCUGAUAUUCCAUCAUAUAUCUCGGAAUCUAUUAGUUCUUCGGGAGCAAUUAACUUUUGUAGAGGAUCAAGAUGUCUAUUUGAUGCACGAUGCAAUAUAUACAAAAUAUGUCAUGUUCAAAAAGUUCCAAGGGGCAAUGCAGGUCAUGGCAGUGGUAGAAAUUUUGAUACAUAUUGCCAUGGAUUGCUCAUUGGAAAACUAUUGGGUUCGACUGUUGUUUCGAGAAUGGGCACAUUUUUGCAUCUUCCUAUACAUCGGAUGGACGUUUAGGUCGCAAGACUUAGCACCGCGCUUCUCACUUAUGCCCAGAAUGAGAUCUAAAGAACAGCCAAUGGGGCCUCCCAUCUACAGCAUUGAAAUGGAUGCAGAAACAUUCAAAGAUUUAAAUAGGCAUGAAUGGCAAAUUGGGGUGCCAACACCUUCUUCGCCUUCUGACAAUUGUAAGGACUCCAUUCUGGUUGUAGUUCAGCAUCCACAUGCAUGCAGAGUGAGUUCACCAGUGCAACCUCAGAAACCCGGUUGGUGAGACUAAUUACACUCCUCCUGAUGUCAAUUCAGGUUCAUUUCCAAACGCUCAUGAAUACAGCAAACUUUUAGGACGAAGUAAUGAAAGAUAGUCAGCUCACACGGAUCAACAGGUGCUAAUGUGCACAUAGUUUUCAUAUUUAUUCUGGUCUUUGAUACAUAUUUUUCUUGUUAGAGAAACUGCAACAAGACAUGAAAAUGCUGUAAAAGUCACAGCUCAAAAGCCUUGGCGAUCAGUUCAUAUUUCUGAAUAUAGUCAAUUAAUGAGAACUGUACAUUUCUUC